CAUCCGGGCUUGUCGUCGUUCAGAGAAGACAGACGCACAAGACUUGACUUCACAUCCACGACAAGGAGAGACAAUACGACUUUUUAAACGCUUUUUCCUCUGUCUUUAAUCCAGAAAGUUGUCGGCUGGUUUUAACGACACGUAUACGAAUCGCUGCUGUGUUUGUGUGUGUGUGUUUUUUGGCUUUUUUUCCUCUCGCGAGUUGGGACGUAAAAAACGGGAAUGAACUAACGAGCAGACAUUUUGUCUUUUUUUCCCUACAUUUUUCACCGAGCAAACUUAGUCGACUUGCUUUGUUUUUUCAUAGCGUUUUUUUUUUUAAGGUGACACCGAGUGAGUGUAAAGCGUAAUUCCAAAUGCCCUCCCGAGCGAUGAAUAAUUUUUGAGUGACAUCUUUUGCGGGGGAAGAAUUACGGCUAGCUUAGCUUAGAUGCUCGCUGGCUAGCUCCAACCACGACGUCAAGACCAAACCAAAGUCAAAUUUGAGAUUUUUAUUGGGGUUAAGGUGUGUGUUUCUGUGUUUUGGGGGUGUCUCUCGCGAGCUAGCUGUGAGCUAGACGCUGGACAGCUCCACUUGAAAGCUUUUUUGGGGGGUGGGACAAAGGAAAAACAUCAACACAAGGCUUUUUGGUUUUAGGGGGGGGGGGGGGAAAGACAGCAACAAGGGACUGACAUGAUGUUUCCACAAUCAAGACACUCAGCUUCAUCACAGCAGCUGAAAUUCACAACAUCCGACUCCUGUGACAGGAUCAAGGACGAGUUCCAGUUCCUCCAAGCACAAUACCACAGCCUCAAGCUCGAGUGUGACAAGCUGGCCAGUGAGAAGUCGGAGAUGCAGCGUCAUUACAUCAUGUACUACGAGAUGUCCUACGGGCUCAACAUUGAGAUGCACAAACAGGCUGAGAUCGUAAAGAGAUUAAACGGGAUCUGUGCACAAGUCCUCCCAUACCUGUCUCAGGAGCACCAGCAGCAGGUCCUGGCGGCCAUCGAGAGGGCCAAGCAGGUCACCCCUCCAGAGAUGAACUCCAUCAUAAGGCAGCAGCUCCAAGCCCACCAGCUGUCUCAGCUCCAGGGCCUGGCGCUGCCCAUGACCCCCCUGCCGCUGGGCCUGACCCAGCCCAGCCUGCCCGCCGUCACCACCUCCUCCGGCCUCUUCUCCCUCUCCUCCCUGCUGGCCACCCAGGCGCAGCUGGCCAAGGAGGAGAAGGCCUCGCGUGACGCCGCCGACAGCCACCGCGAGGAGGACGGCGACAAGUCUGACUAAGCGGUGACCCCCUCAUCUGUAUCUAUAGCUCUAUUCUCGCUCUCUCGCUCUAUCUCUCUCUCGCUCUCUCUCUGUCUCUCUCUCAUCUGUAUCUAUAGCUCUAUUCUUUCUCUCUCUCGCUCAAUUUUAACGCGGAGACCCCCUGACUUCCGCUCUCCACGGAGACAAAAUGGCCUCCGAGCUUCUCACCGGACUCUGACUUUCUUCAUAUUUUCAUCUAUCUCUUUUUUAUUGAAUGUUUAAUUGAUGAAGCUUCAUGCUCUUUAUUCCUCCUUCCUCCCUCCUCCUCUUCUACCCACGUUUAACAUGACUGACGCUGCGUUCUAGACUGCUGGGAAGUAGGAAAUGGCACCUUUUGGAAAUGAGACAGGCAUGAUAAACAGUGAAUCCAUUCUCAAAUUGAUUGUUGAUUAAUCAGGAAUAAUAAUAAUUGAGUCAAUAUGGAAUGCAUUACGCAUUCCAAAAACUAAAAUGUGCCCUUCGAUUGGUUGCCGACCAGUCCAGGGUGUACCACGUCUCCAGCUCCCCUGCGACCCUUAUGAAGACUUUCUAUAUAGUGAUAAACGCUGAUAUCCAUUACAGCCAAUACGUCUAGUUCAUAUCAUCUUGACAUUUUAAUAUUCAAAUUUAUUCUCUGAGUGAAGUGUAUGUACUUAGAUUUGCAGUAGGACCUGGCUUUGAGCGGCGUUCCAAUGCACUUUUACGCUAACCUGAGGUCGGAAAUUUCCGUUGUUCAGUUUUCAUGAACGCAGCGGUCAUGGUAAACACUAGAAUUGUUUGUCAGGCCUCUCAUACAAACUUAAUUAUGCUGUAAACCUUUUUUUUGUUUUUUUUUUUGUUUGUUUUUUUUUUUAAUAAGAUUGCAUGCGUCUGAACAUUUGAACUCCAUUGCUAACCAAAACAGCAGCACCUAAAGAAGCAUGUAAACAACCCUGGAGUUGAAAUGGGUUGUAAGUGUAAUAGUCUGUUCAUCGAUGCUAUUGUCCACCCAGACAGACAUUAAACUGCUGAUCCUGUUUGAAAUCGGUUGCUACCCUAAACAGCAGCACCUACAGAGGAAUGUGUCCCGCCUUCGUGUAAAAGGCAAAGGCAGAUAAAUAAUGCGUCUUUUGUAUUAAAUGUAUGGAGUAUCACACUGAGGAAAGGGGCAAUGCACGAGAAUAUUGUAUUUUGUUGACUUGAACCUUGUAAAAUCAUGACUUUUUUUCUUGUUUUCGUGAUAUUGCAACCUUUUCGCUGUCUCUACAAUAACAUAUUUUUUCUCUGAAUACCAUGACUUUUUUUUUCUCAAAAGAAUAGCCAAAGUAUUUCCUAAAAAAAAGAGAGAAAAAUAAAUCACUUUUUUUCCUCCAAAUAACACAACCGCAAUAUUACAGCUUUUCUCCGGAAAAAUAUCUCCAUCUUGAAAAAAUACCACUUUCUUCAUAAUAUAAUGUUUUUACCGUGAAAGAUCUGACUUCUUUAUUAGAAAUCUUUAUUCUUGUCACCUUUUUUCAUCAAAAAUCAAAUUUUAUUUUCCUAUUACAGUUUUUUUCAACCCCAAGACACGACUUUAUUCUCAUAUUAUGCCCCCCCGCCCCACACACAAACGUUUCAUCUCAGAAAUAAAUUGACUUGUCUUUUUUUUUUUAUAUAUAAAUUCUCUUAUGCCUUGCUUGGGUGAUACAACCAUUCUCAUAUGAUUUUUCUCUCAAAAAAUGACAUUUAACCUGGAAAAAAAUUACUUUACUCUCUCGAAUAAUAUGUCUUAAUUCUUUUAGUGUCACCUCUUAUUGUCUGUUAUUAAAAAAAACUUCUCAUUUUGUGUAUUAUUUUAAUACCUUUCUCAGAAUUACAAAAUGACUUUUAACUUUUUCUUGAAAAUUAUGACUUAACAGGGGAAAAAAUGGCAUUAUUCUGAUAUACACACACAAAAAAAAACAACACACGCACACAAAGCUUCCAGUGUGUCCUUAAUACUCCUGGGUGGCAAAUAAAAGCGCCUCAUUAAAGCAGCAUGUAUGUUUUGUGUGCGUGUCUGUGUGUGUGUGUGUGUGUGUGUGUGUGUGUUAGACAGCAGGGGCCAGCGUGUGUAUUUGCUGUCCAAACAAAAGGAGGACAAAAUCCAUACAUUCCCCUCGUGUACGCGUGCGUGUGUUUAUGUGUGCACAAUUAUAGCUUGUUGAAAUAAUAUGUUUCUCUGCUUGUGAAUGCAGCGCAUCAUCCUCCUGCUUCUCUUUCAUGCUGUUGCUCAUUGUAGUGAUGCCACAGACACACGCACAUCAAUGCAUGGUCCACAGGGGAAGCAAAUUGUAUUAAUUUUCUUAAAAAGAAGCUUUUUUUUUUUGUGAUCACUGCACUUGGUAUUGCUAUGUUGAAUUGUAGUAUAUUUUAUUGGUGGGAAUCCGAGACCACAUGACAUGAACCUGCCAUACUAAAAUCCAAAUCUCAUCAUUGGAACUGUUUAAAGAAAAAAAAAACACACACACACACACACUUGCUGAU